CUCGCCAGGCUCCCUGACUUCCCCGAGACCUCCUCCCAGCCUGCACGCUUCCCCCCGACAUCCGAGAGGCUCGGCCCGAGUCUGUUUAUCCUGAGCGGAUUACCCUGGGAAAGGACGCCGUUGGAACUUUUGGGAACUCUCGGAUAUGCGACGGCGUUGGCUUUAAGGAGCUUUUUUGGCCAUGGAUCCCACACUUUUCGGCUGCCUGCGGAACCCCCACGCCCCGACUCAGGGUCUGCACCCGGCCGCCUUCGCCCCGUCCCCGCUCGCCCUCCACGGACGCUCGGACCACGUCUCUUACCCCGACCUGUCCGCAACGUCCUCGCCGUCCGCUUGCGUUGUCUCCAACUACGCGGCUGAAGAUGGGCUCUAUCACCCCCGACACCACCCGCAACAACACCCGCAUCUGCACCAGCCUCACCAUCAGCGCAGCCAGCGCCCGUCCCAGCAGGGGCAGCACCACGCCGCCUGGCAUGUCCAACAGAUGUCGCCCGGAGGGGCCCGGGCCCCUCUUUGCCACCCGCACACCCGCCUGUCCCACGACGGGGGACCGGCGCCGCAGGACUUGGCUCAUGUCGGCGCGCCCGCCGUGUGCGCCGCCACCCCAGCGGGGGCCUCCUCUGACUUCGGCAGACCCGCUCUGUCGCCCGCUGAGGCGGAAAAGAGGAACGCAAAGAGGAAAAGUGACAGCUCAGAGUUGCAGGACGGUGGCAUGAAGUGCGGCGGCGAGCUGAGCGGCAAAGCACGCAAGGAGAGGACGGCUUUCACCAAGGAACAAAUCCGUGAGCUGGAAGCAGAGUUUGCGCACCACAACUACCUGACCAGACUUCGCAGAUACGAGAUCGCCGUCAACCUCGACCUCACUGAGAGACAAGUGAAGGUUUGGUUCCAGAACCGACGGAUGAAGUGGAAGCGCGUGAAGGGUGGCCAGCAGGGGGCUGCGGCGCGGGAGAAAGAACUGGUCAACGUGAAAAAAGGAACUCUGCUACCUUCCGAUUUGGCCGGCAUGGCGGUGUCGCGCCGUUCCACGGACUCGUUGGCUAACGACGACAGUCACGACAGCGACCAGAGCGACGAACAUGCUCUCUUAUGA